AUGUUGUUUCUUUGCAUCUGCCUUGUCCUAGUUUGGAACGUGAAUGGUGUGCAUUUUCUCGGUGGUACUAUUACAUGGCGCCCAUUAAAUGCAUCAGCUACUGGAUCACCUGUAGCUAUCGUUAUUACUCAAACUUAUUCAUGGACUUAUACUGAUAUGAAGUGUAGUAAUAGUUUAAUUGCUUCGAACGGUUACAUUCCACCAUAUAACAAUGUUAAUUUAGAUACACUUGAUUGUAUAACUAAUUGUGGUACUGGUUCUGCUGGGUAUUCUAGUAUUGGUGUUCUUCCUCGCUGCACUGAUUAUUCGAAUGUUGGUGAUACUUCUAUUGGACAACGUGUAGACACAGUUUAUUUAAAUGCAAAUGAUGAUUUUUCUGUAGCUUUUCAAGAUACCGCAUGGCGUUCAUUAGCUACAGCUUCAAGUGCAGCUUGGUCGAUCUCGACACGUAUUAAUACAAAGGUGAGAUCUGAUAAUGGUCUCUAUAACAAUGCACCUGUAGCCACUAUGAUGUCUCCAAUUAAUAUUCCUCUCAAUCAACCAACUGUAAUCAAUGUUCCUGUGGCUGAUGCUGAUGGAGACACUCUUCGAUGCCGUUGGUCAACCAAAUCGAAUGGAGUUGAUGAAUGUUCUGAUGUAUGUCCACCAGGUUCACUUCCGGCAGGAACAGUUAUUUAUCCUAAUUGUACGAUCAUCAUUACAGGUACUCAUUUAGAUGAUUGGUUUGCUGUUGCACUCAUGGUAGAAGAUUUUAUUACUCCAACAAGUACAACUCCACUUAGUUCCGUACCUGUUCAGUUUCUAGUUCAUGUAGUUGCUCCAGCGGCGUGUACAACUGCACCUGAAAUUGUUGGUGUACCUACCGAAGAAUCUUGUACAACUGUGAUUGUUAAUCAACCAUACACUUCACAAAUACUUGCUAUAGAUAAUUGUGCUCCAUCUGUCACUAUUUCUGAUAUUGCUACACUUUCCUUUGCUGGUAUGAUCAAAAGUAAUCUUGGUCAACUAAGUUCGACAGUUUAUUACAAGAACUUAACAUGGACACCAACUAGUGCUCAACUUGGAUAUCAAGUUAUGUGUGCAAUGGCACUCGACAGUGCAAGCGUACAAUCAGCACAAUAUUGUUUUAAAUUUUAUGUAGCAACUACAUAUGUAUGUUCAUGUCCUGGUGAUCCAUGUAUUACAACAACGACAACAACAACAACAUCAACAAGUACUACUACUGCAACGACAUCGACGACAUCAACUUCUACUACUAGUACUUCUACAACAGCUACUACUAGUACUUCCACAACAUCCAGCACUAGUACUUCUACAUCAUCUACGAGUACAUCAUCUACUAGUACAUCAACUACGUCAACAACGAGUACUACGUCAACUACUUCGACAACAUCAACAACGUCAACAACAUCAACGACAAGUACUAGUACUACAUCUACAUCAACGACUAGUACUACAACAACAACUACUACAGCAACACGUUCGUAUAUGAAAUCAUUGAUUAAUAAAACAACAAAAUAUAUUUUUAUUUCAGCUGCACCUAUUGAUUGGCCAGUGAUUGGAAGUAUUAUUGGUUUACUUGUUCUUGCUGCUUUAGCCUUAGCCACUUACUUUUGUUGUCGUUGUUGUUGUAUACUUGGUGAUAGAUUAUAUGGUUUGAAAAAAGAAGGUGAUAUUGAACUGUAUCAUAUUGAACGAUGUAUGGAUCCAGAUUGUUCUUGGGCAAAUCUAUCGAUUUCAUCUAAUACUAUUACGCCUCCUCCAAAAAACUAUUCUGUUUAUCGAAUAUCAGAUGAUAGCAACUGUAGUAGUCCUAUGUCUCCAACAAUGUUAUCAUGUUCGUUUAACAACACAAGCGACUGUUUGAUUGAAGAUGCUGAUGGAACGGAUAUGUUUGAACUUUCAACUGAUAGUUUUUCUCCAAUGCUUGAAGAGCAUAAUCGACCUAAAUCAGUAUCUGCUGUAUCUAUUAAAAAAGUCAAACUUAGUGAUCGAAAAUCUGCUUUAGAAAAUCCAGGAAUCAAAUCACCAAUUCAUAUGUCAAACGCUGGAAUGGAUGAUUUACCUAUUAUCAAAACAGUGAACAGUGGAAAUAUGAAAAAAUCACAAAUUAUAUCUGUAAUAAAACCAAGAUUAUUUAACUCAAACAUACACCCGCAAAUAAACAAGAUAGUUGAUUCUGAUGAAGAGAUGCGUCCUAAAUCUAAAAGUACAGAUAGUGUAAGGAUUAUUCGAGUAACUAAUGUUACACCGAAACCAUUAACUGAUCAAUCAACUGAUGUUAAAUCUACUUAUUUAGAUGGUAAUGAUAAAAAUGAUGAGCCAUUUCGUUUAUCUACUGAUAUAAAAAACGAUAAAGUAAGUGUUCAACGUGUAUCAUCUGCUAAAUUACCAAGAAAAUCAAAUGAACUUCGUGUAUCACGAGUUGGUACAACUGAUUCUCCAUUAAAAACAACUGUAUCGUCUAUUCCGAUUUCUCCUUUACCAGUUAAACCUAAUGAUGGGACACGAAAUUCAGUUCACGUCAAUCGUAUAUCGACAGCAAAGAAACCGACUAUAACCUUAGAGAAUGAAACAAAUUCUUCUACAUCAAUUUCUCAAUUAGCACAAAAAAGGAUGAAACACAAAAAUCCUAAAAAGAAUGCUGUUGAAUCGCAUGUUACUAUUGGACCACCCUCAUGA